AUGACCACCGCCGCGCUUCCACUAUCUCCGUCGCUCCCGUCCCUCCCGUUGUUUCUGGAGGCGCAGAAAUGGGCGUCUACGGAUCCCGGGAAGAUCGCGAUAAUCGAUAAAACGAAGGACCUGAGUUUUACCUAUCGCCAGCUACUCAAUGAUGUAGCCGCAUUAAAGAGGCGCAUUUUGGCUCAGGUGAAAGUUCAAGAUCUGGAAGAGAGGAGGAUAGCGUUCCUUGUACCGGCUGGCUAUGAUUAUGUGGUUUGCCAGUGGGCUGUAUGGGCGGCCGGCGGUGUCUGUGUGCCGUUAUCAAAGACCUAUCAUACUAACUGGGAUACAGGCACAUCUCAUCCACCGAAGGAGCUUUUAUAUACUAUCUCGGACUCAGAUCCAUCCUUAGUGGUGCUUCAUAGCUCGUUCCAACACUUGAAGCCCGCUUUGCUAGACAAGUCAUCCAAAACCUGCUUCAUGGAGCUCUCACCCAUCACUGAAAGCAGAAGCUGUACCUCUAUACCCAAUCUCCAUCCGGCUUUUGCGCUGUCACGAAGAGCUCUAAUGAUCUAUACCUCUGGCACAACAGCAAACCCUAAGGGCUGUGUCACGACACACAAGACCAUAACAUUCCAAGCAACAUCCCUUAUCCAGGCAUGGAAAUAUUCCCCAUCCGAUCACCUAAUCCACGUCCUUCCUCUCCAUCAUAUUCACGGUAUCAUCAACGGCCUUACAGCGACCCUACUUAGCGGUGGAACAGUCGAAAUGUAUGCCAAGUUUGAUCCUCAGAUUGUUUGGGAUAGGUGGAGCAAUCCUGGCUCAUCAACAAUGUUCAUGGCCGUCCCAACAGUGUAUUCGCGGCUAGUCGACUAUUUUGAUGCUCAUAUCAGAUCCACCGAUUCUGAAGCAGCAGCUAGGUCUGGUGCUGGCGCAUUGAGGCUAGUAGUCAGCGGCUCUGCAGCCCUGCCCACGCCAAUUAAGACUAAAUUUUUGGAAAUCACCGGGCAAACCUUGCUUGAACGGUACGGAAUGACUGAAAUUGGCAUGGGACUGAGCUGUGGCCUUGACGUUUCGCGGCGUAUUGAAGGGAGUGUUGGCUGGCCCCUCCCUGGCGUACAAGUUCGUCUAACACACCGGGAAACUGGGACUCCGAUACCUGUUACUUCAUACGAUGAGGACGGUAUGAUUGAAAUUAAGGGUGAAAACGUAUUCCUUGAAUACUGGCGGCGGCCUGAAGCAACGGCUUCCGAAUUUACCAGCGAUGGCUGGUUUAAAACGGGGGAUGUGGCAAGGCGAGACGCAGCUGGUGCGUACUACAUCCAAGGCCGAGCCUCAGUGGACCUGAUCAAAAGCGGCGGAUAUAAGAUAUCCGCACUGGAAGUUGAAAGAAAGAUGCUGGCAUUAGAAGAAGUUCAGGAGGUUGCCGUCGUGGGAAUUGCUGAUGAGGAAUGGGGCCAACGAGUUGCUGCCGUUGUUAAGCAGAGAGAAGGAACCGCAAAACUAGAGCUUCAAAGCCUCCGUACAAAACUGAAGUCAGAGAUGGCAGCGUAUAAAAUCCCAAGUGUCCUGAAACUGGUUGACAGCAUCGAGAGAAACGCUAUGGGCAAGGUAAAUAAGAAGAUGAUUGUGAAGAAGUACUGGCCAGAUCUUGAGUGA